CGACGUUGUGCAUCAAUCCGAGCUACUUCUAGCUCUGAGUGAUAUCUUUAGAGUGAUUUUCCUUAGUUAUUUUUGAGAUUGUUAGUAAUUUUUCUUGAAAUCUGCGUGUCAUUGCUCCCGCGAAUUUUUGAUUGUUUUUAUUUUUGUUCAAUCGGAAAAGUCUUGAGGUUUCGUAAAGUUUUACAAUAACAUUCCGGAAGAGCUAUAAAUCGUUGUUAAAAACUGAAAAUAGACAAGAUGCCGUUUGCUGAGACUAUCGACAUCAAGGAGCAGAUGAGUAAGGUGGAGACAAUCAAACUGAGGAAUCGACAUGUUGGGAAAUCAUGUCAACUUUUUUAUAAAUCGGAUCCUUUGAAAAUAGUCCGAGGACAAGGUCAAUAUAUGUUUGAUGAGACUGGUACCAGAUAUUUGGAUUGCAUCAAUAAUGUAGCCCAUGUGGGUCAUUGUCAUCCCAGAGUUGUUCAAGCCGGCGCCGAGCAAAUGGCCACCCUUUCAACCAACAAUAGAUUUCUGCACGAUGAAUUGGUACGGUGUGCGCAGACUUUGGCUGAUAAAAUGCCCGGGAAUUUGUCGGUGUGUUUCUUAGUUAAUUCUGGUUCGGAGGCUAAUGAUUUGGCACUGAGAUUGGCUAAGACUCAUACGAAGCAAAAGGAUGUCAUCACUUUAGACCACGCGUACCAUGGUCAUUUGUCGUCCGUUAUGGAUAUUUCUCCCUACAAAUUCAAUCAACCAGGAGGUGAACCAAAGCCGGAUCAUGUGCAUGUGGCUGCACCACCGGAUGUUUACCGCGGCAAGUACAACAAGUUCAACACUAAAGGCCAAGAUCUGGGAAAACUAUACGCCCAAGAAGUGACCGAUAUCAUUCAAAAACUUCGCGAACAAGGAAAAGGAGUUUCUGCUUUUAUUGCAGAGAGUCUACAGAGCUGUGGUGGUCAGAUUAUUCCACCCGAUGGUUAUCUCCAGACGGUCUAUGAUGAAGUCAGAAAGGCUGGAGGAGUUUGUAUUGCUGACGAAGUACAAGUUGGAUUCGGUCGUGUAGGAAGCCAUUAUUGGGCUUUCGAUAUGUUGGGAGUUGUUCCAGAUAUUGUUACAGUAGCCAAGCCUAUGGGCAACGGACAUCCAGUUGGUGCUGUUGUUACCACACCUGAAAUUGCUGAGAGCUUUGCCGCCACUGGGGUUUCGUACUUCAACACUUAUGGAGGAAACCCAGUCUCCUGUGCUAUUGCCAAUGCAGUGAUGCAAGUGAUUGAAGAUGAACAUUUGCAGGAGAAUGCCCUGAAGGUUGGUAAUUAUCUCCUGAAGGAAUGCACGGAUAUGAUUUACGAAUUCGAUUGUGUUGGAGAUGUUCGAGGCAGUGGUCUGUUUUUGGGCAUAGAAUUGGUAAAGGGUGGCGAUAAACGUCAACCAGCUACUGAGGAGGCUCAUUGGGUAGUAAAUCGAAUGAAGGAUGUCCACAAGAUUCUUGUGAGUUCAGAUGGACCCAAUGAUAACGUUAUUAAACUAAAGCCACCGAUGGUGUUUAAUAUCGAAAAUGCUGAGGAAUUUUUGUUGGGAUUCAGGGAGUGCCUGUCGUUGUUGCAGAAACAAGGCAGCCGUGCCAACGGUGUCACACAGACAAGCAUUAUUUGCAAUUUACCGUCGAGUAAAAUUCAUGAAAAACAAGACCAUCUUAUUAAGUCGGUUUGAUACUAUCUACCGUGAUCUCAAAUAUAAUUUUUUAGCCUAUUUUUUACACUUAAGGGAAUUAGCUUAAAAUUUAUGAAUUUUAUCUAGAAUAUACGUUAUAGUAUAAAAAGUGUUAGGUUAGUAUUUAAGCAAUUUUAUUAUUUUUUCCUAAAAAAUUAUAUCGAUUUGUAUUGAGGCGUUUAUGCAAAUAUUGUAACCUGUUUUAAAAGCUAAAGAAAAAAAAAGAUGUUAAGAAUUGUCACAAUUCUCUCAGUAUCUUGACUUUAAAAUAACUCAGCUAUUUAUAUCUAUUCAAUUCUGUUCAGAAAUAAGCGAAUUUCUUUCGAAUGUUUCUAGAUCUUACUCAAAAGUAAUAUUAUGUAUUGUAAAAGCGUGUAAUUUACACUAACUAUCUUUACCUGCA